CGUCUCAAGGAGCGGCAGAACUCUAGUCGGCGACGUGCGGCGCGCGCGCACCCGCUUUAACGCGAUCCAAAAAUACACUCGCCCGGCCACCGCGUGUUAUACCAAAUUUUGUGCUGUGUUUUAACGAUAUAAAUGAAGCGAUGUCACCGACUGCCAUGGGCGACUUGCCUCAGUGGUGUGGGAAGACAGAAGGAUGUCCUCAGGCCUUGCUUGGCUGGCUGUAUCUGACUCAUGAGCAGAACGAUCAGUGGGUUCCUGGAUCAGUAUGGGGUCCUCUCCCAACAGCAGCCACGGGGACGACCCAGCCGCCCACAGACGACAGCAACUCACUAGCGGAGCAGUUAGCCGCACUGUCACUGCGCCGCCCGCCCAGGCCGCCGCCCCCGGCCUACAUGUGCCAUUUGUGCUUCAAGAAAGGACACUACAUUGGGGAUUGUCCACAGGCCCGUCCCAAAGGCGAAGGUCUGACGCCAUACCAGGGCAAGAAGCGGUGCUUCGGCGAGUACAAGUGCCCGAAAUGCAAGCGGAAGUGGAUGAGCGGAAACUCGUGGGCCAAUAACGGCCAAGAGUGCAUCAAGUGUCGUAUCAAUGUUUUUCCUCAUAAGCAGAUCUUUCAGAGGCCACUCGAAAAGCCGGACGGUCUUGAUGUCAGCGACCAAUCGAAGAUCCACCCCCAGCAUCUCUGCCAGAAGUGUCGUUCACUCGGAUACUAUUGUCGACGGGAAUAUUAGAGAUUCACAAAUGGAUACUAUUGUCGACGGGAAUAUUAGAGAUUCACAAAUGGAUACUAUUGUCGACGGGAAUAUUAGAGAUUCACAAAUGGAUACAAUUGUCGAUGGGAAUAUUAGAGAUGCACAAAUGGAUACUAUUGUCGACGGGAAUAUUAGAGAUUCACAAAUGGAUACUAUUGUCGACGGGAAUAUUAGAGAUUCACAAAUGGAUACUAUUGUCGACGGGAAGAUUAGAGAUUCACAAAUGGAUACUAUUGUCGACGGGAAUAUUAGAGAUUCACAAAUGGAUACUAUUGUCGACGGGAAGAUUAGAGAUUCACAAAUGGAUACUAUUGUCGACGGGAAGAUUAGAGAUUCACAAAAGUAUCGUUAUACAAAUUACUAUGUAAUUGCGUCGUUUAUAUAAAUUUGUUAACAUUUAUUAAGUGCCUUAUGAUGAUUUAAUUUUGUUCGUUUGCUCGGCUUCGGGUUACGUAAUGUCUAACCCUAGGUUCCUAAGUCCCAGUGGAACAAUAAGUGUUUUAGGUUUAAAAUAACAUCUACUUUCCUUAAAAAAUUAUCAUUGAAACACGUGGAAAUAUUAUUUACACACUUUGAUACCAAAGACACACAACACAGAUUUUUUAUCUACUUACAAUGAUAGCACAGAUUAUAUCAACUUUUUGUCAAUCCAAAGAUAUCCUUUAUAUACCAAAAUGCGGCGCCAAAGAUGUUAAAUAAAAUCGAUUUAAGGAAAAAGUAAUUAAAACAAGAAUUCUUCAAAUCAAAAUACUAAUAAGAUUAAAAUUUAGUUUUUAUAUUAGGUUCUAAGGUGGGUUUUGGAAUGAGAAUGCUUAAAUAGGGAACAUAAACAAUUUAGUUUUGAUUUCGUGUUUUGUUCAAAUGAUUUUUAAUUAAAAUAUGUUCAACUAAAAUGUUAG